AUGGAAACAUCAAAGCUUUUUUUCUAGAGACUUUUGAAAGUAUACCCGUUUAUAGGAAAUAACAUUUUUCCAGUGAAUUGGCCAAAAGUAUGUUAAGAAAUUCAAAUUCCUGAAAAUGAUUAAAAAGAAGGAAUUCCUGAUUCAGAUUUGCACCUGUACAUCCUAUAUACUAAAGAAAACAGUGGAACAGUUGCAGAUGCAGUUUUUUGCGCUUUGGCUGAUGAAGGCAUCGAAAGACCUACUUUUGGAAGAGUAAAUUUUAACUUAACAAAUAUGGAUAAAUUUGGGGGAGAUCCGGAAUCUUUUGAAAAUGAUUUAGAAACAACAAUUCAUGAAAUUUUACAUGUAGUAGGUUUCUCAGCAAACGCAAUGUACUAUUGGAUAAAUCCUGAAACAAAUGAACCUUUUAAAAUUUUAUAUAAAAAUAAAUUAUAAAAAGUAUAUUAUUACAGAGGAAUAAAAACAGCGCUAUUAACAUCAAAAAAUGUAGUAGAAGUAACAAAAAAAUAUUUUAAUUGCCCAACAGCUGAAGGAAUGUAAAUAGAAAAUUAAGGUGGUCAAGGAUCAAUUGGUGCUCAUUGGGAAAGAACUAUUAUUUAUAAUGAAAUGAUGACUGGAGCUGUAGUAUCUGUUGAUAGAGUAUUUUCAAUAUUUACAAUUGCUGCUUUGAAAGACUCUGGUUUUUACCCCGAAGUUAAUGAGAAUAUGUCAGAUGAUAUAUUCUGGGGAAAAGGUAAAGGUUGCGAUUUUUUAGAAAAAGCCUGUUAAAGUUAAACCGAAUAUCCUGAAUUUCCCACAAAUACUCAGGAUAUUCUAUGCUCAUUUGAAUUUGAUGGAUUUGGUAUUGCUCAAGUCGACAGAUAUGCAGACGGAUGUCUUAUAAUUUAACCUCCAAAUAAUUAAAUAUGUUCGAAUCCUAAUAGUAUAAAUGAUAAAGCUUAAAAACAUCAAGAAUAUUAAAAAUUAUCUAAUUAUUCAACUCAUAGUAAAUGCUUUUAAUCUACAGCUUCAAAAUCCUCAUAUAUAAAUAAUAAUGAAAGUAACUUAAGAUGCCAUCGAUUCAAAUGUUCCCCUGAUGCUUCUUUAAUAACCAUUCUUUUUCCCGAGAUUUAACAUUAAAUUAUUUGUAGAAAAAUAGAAUAAGGUUAAAAAAAGAAUAUUGAUGAAAGUGGCUUAAAAGCUAAAGGUUAAAUCACAUGUCCUUAAGAUUUUAAAAGAUUCUGCAAUUAUACCCCUAUAUGUCCGAAUUUCUGUUCCGAGCAAGGAGUUUGUGUAAGAGGUUAAUGUUUCUGUCAAUCCGGAUAUGGAGGAGUCGAUUGUUCUAUAAAAUGCUCCGGUGCAGUCCAUAAUCAAACUUGUAUUGAAAACUCAUAAUGUCCUUCAGGUUUAUUCUUGAACCCAGAUAAUACUUGCAAAUCAGAUUGUCCUUAAGGCCUAUUUGGAAGAUCAGGAAAAUGCCUACCCUGUGAUAGUAGUUGUUCUAGAUGUACAGGACCAUCAGCUAAUGAGUGUACUAAAUGUUAGUUUUUGACAUUAUUAUAAGAAAAUUAGUGUGUGGAAUAAUGUAAUGAGAAAUAUGGAUAUUCAUUUAAUUAGGCUUCUGGUAAAUGCGAGUCUGAGAUGUCCAGAAUUUGUUAAGGAAAUUGCUAAUAUUGUCAUAAAAAAAAUUCUCCUUUGUGUUAUACUUGCAAAACAGGUUUUUUCUUUUAUUAAGGUGAUAAGUCGUGUUUAAGUAAAUGUCCAUUAGGAUUUAUCGAGUAAUAAAAGACUUAAGAAUGCUAAGAACUCUCUGUUGGUUGUCUUUAAUAAAUUGAUUAUAAUACAUGUAUUUUAUGUGAUACUGUUAAAGGAUAUAGAUUAGAUACGGAUAAAAAAUGUACUUUAUGUAAGUAAAAUUGCAUAUAAUGUAAUCCUAAUGAUGCAAAAGAGUGUUUAGUUUGCGAGGGAAUUAAACUAAAAAAUUAUGACGGUAGUUGUGUAGAUAUAUGCCAAUAAGGUACUUUUUAUUCUGAUAAUAUUUAAAAAUGCGAAAAAUGUAGUGAAAAUUGUAUAUAUUGUGAUGGAAGAGGUUGCUCAAAAUGCAUAGAUGGUUAUUAUGCUGAAUAUAGAACUAAAUAGUGCUUUUAAUGUUCUUCUAAGUAUGCAAAUUGUUUAACUUGUGAUGAUUUCUCAUGUAAAAAAUGUAACCAUGGAUACUAAUUGGAUUCAAUUUAAACGAAUUGUGAAUAAGCCAUUUAAUAAUCUACUUAAGUAGAAUGCCCUUACGGAUGUGAAUAAUGUUCUUAAUAAGGAGAAUGUUAUAAAUGUUAAGACGGAUAUUAUGUAAGUAAUUCAACUUAAUAAUGCACUAGUUGCAUUCUUAAAUUCAGUUAUUGUGAAAAAUGUACUGAAAGUAGUUGUAUUAAAUGUAAUCAUGGAUAUUAAUUUGAUCAUUAAAAAAAAGAAUGUUUAUAUCUCUCAGAUAAAGUUUAAAAUAAUGGGAAUACAGGAAUAUAAUGCCCAACGGGAUGUUAAUAAUGUACAUAAUCAGGAGAAUGCAUAAAAUGUAAUUAAGGUUUAAUUUUAGAUAAUACAACUAAAAAAUGUGUUACUUGUUUUUAAAAAUACAAUUAUUGUAUAAUGUGUACGGAAUUUGAAUGCACUCAAUGUCUUUCUGGAUAUGAAUAUAAUUAGAAAUCAAAAAAAUGCGCAAAAGUCCCGUCUUUCAGAUUAUUAAAAUAGGUUUAAGGCGAUAUUUAAUAAUAUAAUAGUUAUUAAGGAGUCUUUAUUUUUAUUAUUGGUUAUGUUAUAUUCGGAUUAGUAAUAUGA